AUGUGUGGCAAUCUUCCGAGACUAAGAGUCAUUCGCCUAUCAAAGAAUGAAUUGAGUGGUCCAAUACCAUCAAGCUUAGUCCAGUGUUCAGAACUUCAGGCUGUAUCCUUUUCGUUCAACAAGUUUAGUGGAACCAUACCAAAAGAAAUUGGGAAGCUGAAGAAACUUGAGGUGAUAUACUUCUCCAUGAACAAAUUAGUAGGUGAAAUUCCAAAAGAGCUUGGAAAUUCAACCAUGCUCAAAUUCUUGGACUUAGCUGAUAACCACCUGACAGGCGUAAUACCGCGAGAGAUCGGCAAUUUAUACAAUCUGGAAACACUCAGCUUAGGGUGGAAUAACUUGACUGGUUCCAUACCAGUAGAGAUCUUCAACCUCUCCAGGGUAACAUUGAUGUCACUCGCAGGAAAUCAGCUUUCAGGAAAUCUUCCAUCAACAGUGCCAUAUUCCAUUUCCCUCGGUAACCUAAGACUCCUCCAAGUGCUGGAUCUAGGAAGCAAUAAGUUAGUCACUGACUUUUCGCAUCCAGAGACUAGCUUCAUCUCUUCCUUGGCAAAUUCCAAGAAUCUGAGAACAUUAGCUGUGAAUGACAAUCCACUGAAUGGCAUUCUUCCGGAAUCAGUUGGGAACCUUUCUAGCUCCCUUGAAAGACUUUAUGCAUACAGGUGCAAUCUCCAGGGAAAAGUUCCUGAUGGAAUUGGAAAUUUGAGCAGUUUGUUUAUCUUAAGCCUGUACGGUAAUCAGUUGACUGGACCGUUGCCCAUUACAAUACAACGUCUGCAAAAUCUUCAAGCGAUAGUUCUUUACAUGAACAAACUAAACCAACUCAGCCUGGAUUACUUCUGUACUUUCACAAAGUUGGGUGCAAUAAUUCUGGGCCAAAAUCAAAUUUCAGGAGCAGUCCCAGAUUGCUUAGAAAAUGUUACUUCUCUGAGAUAUCUUUACCUAAAUUCCAACAGAUUGAAUUCUAGUCUUCCUAGAACUUUGUGGAACCUUACAGAUCUCUUGUUGCUCGAUCUUUCCUCAAAUUCACUAACUGGCUCUCUACCUCUAGAAAUGCAGAACUUGAAGGCUGCAACAAGCUUGAUUUUAUCACUGAAUAACUUAUCAGGUGGCGUACCAAGCACAAUAGGAGAUAUGCAGAGCCUGGAUCAUCUUUCUUUGGCACACAACCAACUGGAAGGUUCAAUACCGAAGUCAAUUGGUAGUAUCUUAAGUUUGGAAACUGUGGAUCUAUCACAUAACUUUUUCUCUGGUUCCAUUCCAAAAUCACUUGAGAAUCUUAAGUAUCUUACAAGCUUCAAUGUCUCUUUUAACAAUUUAAGUGGCGAAAUUCCUCCGAAUGGCCCUUUUGCAAACUUCACUAGUGAAUCCUUUAUUUCAAAUAAAGCACUUUGUGGAGCUCCAAGGUUACACGUCCACCAUGUGAAAGGUAAAAGUCCCAUAGAAGCAGAUAUGUUUACCCAAGAAAGAAUUUCCUUCUACAACCUUUCACAGGCAACUGAUAAUUACGAUGAAAGGAACUUUUUGGGAAAAGGAAGCUUUGGAUCUGUUUACAAAGGUACCCUUGAUGAUGGGAGGGUUGUGGCUGUUAAGGUGUUUGAUUUACAAUCAGAAGGAGCAUUGAUGAGUUUUGGAGCAGAAUGUGAAGCAUUGCGUAAUCUUCGCCAUCGAAACCUCACAAAAGUCAUUAGCAGCUGCUCUAACCCUGACUUCAAAGCAUUGGUUCUUGAAUUCAUGCCUAAUGGAAAUCUUGAGAAGUGGUUGUAUUCCAGUGACUCAUCUCUAGAUAUUAUCAAGAGAUUGGACAUCUUGGUGGAUGUUGCUUCUGCACUGCAGAAUCUCCACUACGAGUGUGCAACACCAGUAGUGCACUGUGAUUUGAAGCCUAGUAAUGUCCUGCUAGAUGAAGAUAUGGUUGCCCAUGUAAGCGAUUUCGGCCUUACAAAGCUGUUGGCUCCAGAGGAAAGCAUUGUAUACACCAAAACACUAGCCACAUUUUGCUAUCUUGCACCAGAGUAUGGAUCCGAAGGAAUAGUAUCCCCCAAAUGCGAUGUUUAUAGUUUUGGAAUCAUGAUGAUGGAAGUGUUUACAAGAAUGAACCCCAACAAUGAGAUGUUUGGUGAGACUUUGAGCCUCAGGAGUUGGGUUGUGGAUUCUAUGGCUAAUACAUUAGCUCGUAUUGUAGAUGCCAAUUUGGUAAGCACAACUGAUCGUCACUAUCUUGAGAAGCUGGAGUGCAUUUCUUCCAUCAUGAAAUUGGCUCUAAAUUGCACGAAGAAGUCUCCGGCCGAGAGAAACAAUAUUCUAGAUGCUCUUGUGGCACUGAAAAAGAUCAAAAUUCAGCUUGUGCAAUAUGUGUAAUAUUUAAGCUUCAGUUUAGAUUGUA